CUGCGUUUGACCGCGGAGUUUCGAUUCGGCGGGCAUGAUGAGCGCCCGGAGCGCGGUCCGUGUCGAGGUCGAUGGGCCCGAGGUGAAGUCCAAGCCUGCGAAGCGGUCGCCCCUCAGCGCUCUCUCGGUGAGCGAUGUGAGCAACCAGGCCAAGCGGCCACGACUCGAGGACGCGCCGGUGAGCCCGACGAUGAGCGAGCCGGCCGUCGUUGACGACGACGACAGCGAGCGUCCCGAAGAGAUCAACGCAGCCUGGCUCGACAUGUGCUAUGCGCUCCUUGCACGGAAACGCGGAAUGAAAGGCCUUCCAGCGCCCAAGCUCCCGGUGCUCGCCAUCUCGACGGUCGAUGUCGAGCGGUCUAUUGUGGCACCGGCGACCGCCGAGAUCGGGCCCGAGUCGCGGGAAGCAGACAUUGAAGUUCUUGCAGAGCAGCUGCACAAGGAGAGCCGAGCCUCGACAACAUGUUGCGGGUGCAAGACGGGCUGCCUCAAGCUGUAUUGCCGAUGCUUCCUCACAAAAGGCUUUUGUACCCCGCAAUGUGGCUGUUCAAGCUGCAUGAACACAAAGGCAUCGAGAGAGCGCCUUGGCGCUAUCACGACCCAUUUAAAAAACAAUAUCCACGCCUUCCGGACCUCGACUGCGCCAGCGACCUUGAGCCAUGGGAAGCUCGGGCCCGCGCCGUCGUCCUCGAAUCGCCGCCAGUUUAUUCCGCUUGUUCCAAACGCGGGUGCGAACGCGAUUACGUGUCGCUGUAAAAAGUCCAAAUGCUCGAAAAAGUACUGCGACUGUUACCAAGCAGGCGUGCCGUGCGGUCCAAAGUGCCAAUGCCGCGACUGCUGCAACCACACGCCGCAAGAAACCAACGUCAAGCAGGUUUUGUACGCGCACGACACAAUCCGAGUAUUGGUGACGCGCAAGCCACGCCAAAAUGCCAUCACCAAGUCGGUGCGAGUACAGCUUUAAUAAGGCGGUCUGUCUUGCUUAAUCCUCAUCAUAUAUCUAUAUACACCCGG